CCUUGGGAUGGGAAAAACAGGAAUAGAAUAGAAGAAAACAAUUAGUUGGUUGAGAGAGAAAUACGAUAUGAUAUUGUAUGGUCCGAACGGAGUCGGAAGCUUGACUCAGCGAGCGACCAUGGCGACCACCAUUCUCUCCAACGCUCUCUCUCUUCCUACUCCCCACACUAUCAUCUUACUCAGAGCCUCCGGGUCGACUCGCCGCCGCCCCAUUCGCCGCGCCGACUCGGUCUCCCUAACUCAUCGCGCCUUGACUCGUUCGUCGAUUCGCGUCAGAGCCUCCUCUUCAGAUGAGCUCCCUACCUCUUCAGUACAAGGUGUCGAGAAUCUGGUAAUUAUAGGUUCAGGUCCUGCUGGAUACACAGCAGCAAUUUACGCAGCUCGUGCCAACUUGAAACCUGUUGUGUUUGAGGGGUAUCAAAUAGGUGGCGUUCCUGGUGGGCAAUUGAUGACCACCACUGAAGUGGAGAACUUCCCAGGGUUUCCAGAAGGAAUAAGCGGUCCUGAUUUGAUGGAUCGGAUGCGGCGUCAAGCUGAGCGCUGGGGAGCAGAAUUAUUCCAAGAAGAUGUAGAAUUUAUUGAUGUGAAGAACAGUCCUUUUACCAUCCAAAGUAGUGAACGUAAGGUAAAGUGCCAAAGUGUUAUUGUGGCCACAGGAGCUACUGCAAAAAAGCUGAGAUUACCUCGUGAAGAAGAGUUUUGGAGUAGAGGAAUUAGUGCCUGUGCAAUUUGUGAUGGAGCAUCGCCACUAUUUAAGGGGCAAGUUCUUGCUGUGGUUGGAGGAGGUGAUACAGCCACAGAGGAAGCAUUAUACUUGACUAAAUAUGCUCGUCAUGUGCAUUUGCUUGUACGCAGGGACCACCUAAGGGCAUCCAAGGCAAUGCAAGAUAGAGUUUACAACAGCCCAAAUAUCUCCGUGCACUUCAAUACAGAGACUGUGGAUGUUGUUAGCAAUACGAAAGGGCAAAUGUCUGGCAUUUUGGUUCGAAAACUUGAUACUGGAGAGGAAUCUGUGCUUGAGGCAAAAGGCUUAUUCUAUGGGAUAGGUCAUUCCCCAAAUAGCCAAUUGUUGGAAGGUCAAGUUGAACUUGACAGCAUAGGUUAUGUGUUGGUGAAGGAGGGUAGUGCGGAAACUUCUGUUGAAGGUGUAUUCGCAGCUGGAGAUGUACAGGACCAUGAAUGGAGGCAAGCCAUAACUGCAGCUGGUUCAGGAUGCAUUGCUGCUUUAUCAGUUGAGAGAUAUCUUACCAGCAACAAUCUCCUUGUUGAAUUUCACCAGCCUAAGACUGAAGAGGUUAAGAAGGAACUCACAGACAGAGAUGUACAAGAGGGUUUUGACAUCACACUUACAAAGCACAAGGGCCAGUAUGCUCUACGAAAAUUGUACCAUGAAAGUCCGAGGCUUAUAUGUGUACUGUACACUGCACCAACAUGUGGUCCAUGUAGGACAUUGAAGCCAAUUCUUAGCAAGGUGAUAGAGGAAUUUGAUCAAAAUGUACAUUUCGUUGAAAUUGAUAUCGAGGAAGAUCCCGAGAUUGCAGAGGCAGCUGGAAUUAUGGGCACACCAUGCGUCCAAUUUUUCAAGAACAAGGAAAUGAUCAGGAAUGUGUCAGGGGUCAAAAUGAAGAAGGAAUACAAAGAGUUCAUUGAAGCAAAUAAGAGAGCACUGAGUCUGUUUUUCAUAGUCUCUUCCUCAAAAAAGUUGAUAUAUUCAAGAGUGUACUCUGUGAAGUGCAAGAACAAAAGGUCCUAAGGUCUCUUAUGACAUGGGUGCAAACCUGAUUAUUGUUGUGAUAUUCCGCUAAAAUAUCAUGAUUUUCAUACCCUAGUGAUGCCAAAUGUGCAUAAUUUCAAGCUCUCUUUCUUCUUCUAA